AUGGCUUUUGUUUCUUCAUCAUUAAUGAAACAAUACAUAAAUAGCUUAAAAUUUAAAACAUAUGUGUUAGAUUGGAUAGUUGCACUUAUAUUGGCAUUAUAUUUUUUUUUAAUAGCAGAACAUGCAAAGCCCUUCAACAGACAAUUUUCAAUUGAUGAUUUGACAAUAUCACAUCCAUUUGCAAUUAAGGAAAGAGUUUCAGGACCAGCUUGUAUUAUAAUAGCUUCAUUAUUACCAUCUACUGUAAUUGCAUCAAUUUUAGCUUUCAAACAUUUUACAGGAAAAGUAGAUUCAAAAUUGGAGAUGCUCCAUACUUUUCAAAUCAGCAUUUUAGGAUUAACCAUUUCAAUUUUUUUGGACGGAAUUAUAACAGAUAUUUUAAAAAAUUGGAUUGCUAGACCUCGACCAGAUUUUUUAGCAAGAUGUGGAGUCAGUAUCGAGAAUAGAGUAAAUUCAGAGUUAUUAGAUAUUAGUGUUUGCACAGCACCAUAUGGACAAGUCGCACUUAUAGAUGGUAUGAGAUCAACCCCAUCUGGUCAUUCAUCAAUUAGUUUUGUUGCAUUUUUGUAUUUAAGCUUAUGGCUCCUAGGUCAAUUUAAAUUAAUACUGAUAACGCCUCAACCUAUAUAUAAAUAUUUAUUAGCUUUUUCACCAUUAUUACUUGCCUCAUACAUUGCAUUAAGUAGAGCACAAGAUUACAGACAUCACUUUAUUGAUUUAAUAUUAGGUUCAAUUUUGGGUUGUAUAAUUGCUUGGUUUGUUUAUCAUCAUUAUUGGAAUAAUAUAUUUCUGAAAAAUUGUGAUUCACCAAAAUUCGCAGACGAAAAUGAAGAAUCCAUUUUACCACGGUAA